AUGGAUUUAUGGAGUCAGUCAUGGUUUCUGUUCUUUAACACUCUUCUUGUGAUUUCUGCCUUGCCAACUCCAGAAAACUUUGAUGUAGAUGGUGGAAUUGACCAGGAUAUAUUUGAUAUCAAUGAAGAUUUGGGACUGGAUCUUUUUGAGGGAGAUAUCAAACUUGGGGCACAAGAAAGAAAUUCCAUCAUUGGAGAACAAUAUAGAUGGCCUCAUACCAUUCCUUAUGUUCUAGAAGAUAGCUUGGAAAUGAAUGCUAAGGGAGUUAUCCUCAAUGCGUUUGAACGCUAUCGCCUAAAAACAUGUAUCGACUUUAAGCCUUGGACUGGAGAACCUAACUAUAUAUCAGUGAUCAAAGGUAGUGGCUGCUGGUCUUCAGUAGGAAACAGGCAGGCUGGGAGGCAAGAACUUUCCAUCGGAGCGAACUGCGACCGAAUAGCAACGGUUCAGCACGAGUUCCUCCACGCGCUGGGAUUCUGGCAUGAGCAGUCGCGUUCUGAUCGGGAUGACUAUGUCUCCAUAAUUUGGGACAGAAUUCUGUCAGGCAGACAGCACAAUUUUAACACCUAUAGUGACCAGGUAUCAGAUUCCCUGAACGUUCCCUACGAUUACACUUCCGUCAUGCACUACAGUAAAACUGCAUUCCAGAAUGGAACGGAGCCGACCAUCGUAACAAGAAUCUCAGACUUCGAGGAUGUGAUCGGCCAACGGAUGGAUUUCAGUGACUCUGAUCUCUUGAAGUUGAAUCGACUGUAUAAUUGCUCCUCUUCCUUGAGUUUUAUGGACUCGUGCAAUUUUGAACUGGAAAACGUGUGUGGAAUGAUCCAAAGUUCAGGAGAUAGUGCUGACUGGCAACGGGUUUCACAGGUUCCCAGGGGGCCAGACAGCGAUCACUCCUACAUGGGCCAGUGCGAAGGUUCUGGUUUCUUCAUGUAUUUCGACAGUAGCUCUGUAAAUGUGGGGGCCACGGCAGUGCUGGAAAGUAGAAUGCUGUACCCUAAGAGAGGAUUUCAGUGCUUGCAAUUUUAUUUAUAUAACAGUGGAAGUGAAAGUGACCAACUGAACAUCUACACCAGGGAGUAUUCUACAGACAAUGUGAAUGGCAGUUUAACGCUUGUGGAAGAGAUUAAAGACAUACCCAUUGGGAGCUGGCAGCUUCACCACGUUACACUGGAAAUGACCAACAAGUUUAGAGUGGUGUUUGAAGGACGCAAAGGCUCUGGUGCAUCAUUGGGUGGUCUGUCCAUAGAUGACAUCAAUCUUUCAGAAACACGGUGCCCUCAUCAUGUCUGGCAUAUAAGGAAUAUCACACAGCUCAUUGGCAGCCCAAAUGGAACUCUAUAUAGCCCUCCGUUUUAUUCUUCUGAAGGUUAUGCCUUUCAGAUUCAGUUGACUCUAAGCCAUUUGACUAAUGCAGGGAUAUAUUUCCACUUGAUCUCUGGAGCCAAUGAUGAUCAAUUACAGUGGCCGUGUCCUUGGCAACAAGCCACGAUGACACUCUUGGAUCAAAAUCCUGACAUUCGACAGCGUAUGUCCAACCAGCGGAGUAUAACUACAGACCCAUUCAUGACCACCGAUAAUGGAAACUAUUUUUGGGACAGCCCUUCCAAAGUGGGAGAAGUGGCUUUCUUUCCUAAUGGAACCCAGUUUAGAAGAAGUAGGGGCUAUGGAACCAGUGCCUUUAUAACCCAUGAGAGGCUGAACAGCAGAGAUUUUAUAAAAGGAAAUGAUGUUUAUAUUCUCCUGACAGUGGAAGACAUAUCUCACCUCAAUUCUACACCAACCCAGCCGACACCAACCCCUAGCAUCAAAGACCUGUGCUUGGAACUCACCUGUGAGAAUGAUGGCGUCUGUGCUGUUCGAGAUGACAAAGCUGAAUGCAGGUGCCCGUCGGGAGACGACUGGUGGUACAUAGGAGAAAGGUGUGAAAAGAGAGGUUCCACCAGGGACACCAUCAUCAUUGCUGUUUCUUCUACUGUUGCUGUGUUCGCUGUGAUGCUGGCCAUCACCCUUGUGAGUGUCUAUUGUACCAGGAGGAAAUAUCUUAAAAGGACAAGUUCAAAUACAGCAAAUACGACUCCGAAAAAUGUAAGUUGA